AUGGAGAAUGCCACUUCAGUGGAUGAGUUCCUCUUGCUAGGUCUGACCAGUGUUCAAGAGCUGCAGCCCAUCUUUUUUGUGAUGUUCUUAAUCAUUUACUUGCUGAAUUUGGUUGGAAAUGGAGUGAUAUUAAUGAUCAUCAUUUUGGAGAGAAGACUUCACUCCCCUAUGUACUUCUUCCUAGGAAACCUUUCCUGCCUGGAUAUUUGUUACUCUUCAGUGACUCUUCCCAAGGUUCUCAUCAACCUCAUCUCCAGGCACAGAAUCAUAUCUUUCCUUGGCUGCAUCACCCAGCUACAUUUCUUCCACUUUCUGGGAAGCACAGAGGCCAUCUUGCUGGCCGUGAUGGCCUUUGAUCGUUUUGUGGCUAUCUGCAGCCCGCUCCGAUACACUGCUAUCAUGAAUCCUCAGUUGUGCAUCCUGUUGGCAGCUAUGGCCUGGAUCACCAGCUUCUUCUACGCUCUGAUGCACUCUGUCAUGACUGCUCACUUGAACUUUUGCCACUCUCACAAACUCAGUCACUUCUUCUGUGAUGUCAAGCCCCUCUUAGAAGUGGCCUGUGGCAAUACAGUGCUGAACCAGUGGCUUCUUUCUGCUGUUACAGGCAGCAUAUCCAUGGGGGCCUUCCUCCUUACACUCCUCUCCUAUUUCUACAUCAUUGCCUUUCUUCUUUUUAAGAAUCAGUCCUGCAGAAUGCUAAGGAAGGCUCUGUCCACUUGCACCUCCCACUUUAUGGUGGUUUGUCUCUUCUAUGGACCCGUUGGCUUCACAUAUAUCCGCCCUGCCUCUGCAUCAGCCUCCUCCAUGAGUGAGGAUCGGAUGGUGGCCAUCAUCUAUAGUGCAGUCACCCCAGUGCUGAACCCACUGAUAUAUACCCUUAGGAACAAGGAGGUGAUGCUGGCUCUGAAGAAGAUCUUUGGGAAGAAGCUGUUUAAAGACCACCAGGUACAUGGAAGAGACCAAUGUGCAUGAAGACAUUUCACUCUAAUAAAUGGGGAGUUAACUUUUUUCCCUCUCUCAGGAUUCUUGAGGAUUUCAGGCAAAAUAGGAAGU